UGGAAAUAUAAACGCCUGGGUUCAUUGGCAGACUUCAUUGAAAUUAGCAUUGGGUUGUUCCUUUGGGAUAUAACCAACACGAUAUUUUCUCUCUCUUUCUCAAGGACAUUUAACUUCGUUUACAGCAAGUUUAAAUGCAGUACGAUGACACCUCUAAAGUGUCUAUGUUUGCUCAUGAUCAUGAGUUGGGCAAACGGAGCGAAGAUCAGUAAGGGAGGAAAUGGGACAAUGACCAAGAGUCGGACGGACAGUGAGGAAGGAAGUGAGGAAGUGAGCAUGAGUCGGUCGGACAGUAAGGGAAGCAAGGGGAAAGGAGAAAAUAAUUGCCUAAAGCCAGUACGGUCUAAGACGAAAUGCCGGCCCAAAUCUUUGAAGUCCUUGAAAUCUGUGUUCUUUAACUCGUCCUCCUGUGAGUGCGAGGAGACAGUAAUGUGCUUAAAGGGCGCCAAUAAAUUCGAUGAAGAAAAAUGUGAUGCCGUAUGCGAACAAUUAGUUGGAGCGGGCUUACUGGAAUGGUCGGACUGGGCGAUAGACUUUGUCAAUGGACAGGAAGUAAGAACAAGGGAAUGCAUCGAAAGUCAGUCCAAUCCGUGUGCAUGCUUUGGGGAACCUGAACUUAAUCAAACAAGGCCUUGCAGUGGUUCUAACUGUGAGCCCAACGUCACUAGCUGGGAGUUGACCAGUUGCGUAGGAUGUCGCGAUAUUAUCUGUACAAUAAUGCGAACCUGCUAUCCCCAUCCCGACUAUCCUGAAAGCUGCGAUGGCGUCAAGGUUCAAGAUAACAUAACCCGUGUCGUUCCAGAUUACUUAGACUGCGAUUUCGUCCUGGGUAUCGAUGAUAUUCAUGUUCUCGAUAUCCAGUCGUGCAGGGGCUAUAGUGCAAAUUUUCAUUGUACCUGGCGAUUUAACACUCGUAAUGGGACAAUCAAAGUAUUCAUCAAUGACGUGCAAACAAGCUCGUGUAAUGAUACAAUUGAUGUAAGUAAAGUUGUUUGUGUUCAUUAUACUUUAUGAUUACUUGGAAAUUCA